AUGGCUACCAACGGAACUCCCAUCAUCCUUAAGGACCGUGCCCAGGCUCUGGCUCACUACCCCCAUGGCCGCAUCGCCAAUGGAAUGAUCUACGUCUCUGGCAUCUCCUCCCGCCGCCUCGACAACACGUACGAGGGUGUCAAGGAAAAUGCGGACGGUACCUUCGAGCUCGAUAUCAAGUCCCAGACCAAGGCCGUCAUCGAAAAGUACGGUUCGAUUGCCUCUUUCACAGAAUCAUUGCAGCGGAUUGCCAACCAUCCGCUCUUGCCUGACCUUUCUCUCCCUUCAUCCCAAAAUAGCAUCAAUGUGAUCCUCCAGUCCAAGGGCGCCUCGCUUGCCAACAUUGUCGACAUGACCAUCUUCCUCACUAACAUGAAGGAUUAUGGUGCCAUGAACCAGGUCUAUAACGAGUACUUUGAUGCCGAGACCGGUCCAUCGAGAACCUGCGUCGGAGUCCUGACUUUGCCCUCUCCUAAGCUCCUCAUUGAGAUCAAGGCCAUAGCCUUGGCUCCUUAG